AUGUUCUCCAAAGAACGUAUUCAAAAGGAAAAGGAACAAAAGAAAUCGUGUCCAAAGGAAGUUACUGCUCGAGUGCCUGGAUAUCAACUUCGUAUUCAGCAAGAGCUAGAAAAUCUGGACAAGGAAUGGCUCGAUCACUUGGUCAUUGCAGAUACUAAUAAAUUGGAUAAGAUGACUAUUACCAUUGUUCCAAGUGAAGGAAUAUGGAAGAAUCAUCCACAUGAAUUUGAAUUGAUCAUUCCUCAUGAAUAUCCUCAUAAAGCACCUAAUAUUAUUUGUAAAACUAGAAUUUGGCAUCCGAAUAUUGAUGAAAAUGGUUUGGUGGAUUUGAACUUGAGGUAUUUAUUCAAACCAACGAUGGGAUUGAAGGAUUUCUUUGUUGGUGUUCUAUUCCUUAUGCUUGAGCCCAAUCCACUCGAUCCACAAAAUUAUAAGGCUGGAAGGCAGUUUUUAGAUGAACCGGAAGGAUUCAAACAAAAGGCAAAUAAUUACAUGAAGGGUAUCUACCAGUAG